CAAGCAGCAGAAGUAGAAAAAGAAGGCUUUUUCUGGUUCCAUCUGAAGACAGAGACGAUUCGAAGAAGUCGAGUGGAAUAAUUAGCAGUAGCAGCAACACUAGCACUAGCAAAAGCAAAAGCAGCAGCAAAAGCAACACAAGUCUACAUAAUACCAUGUAUCCUCUCGAAGUCGAAGUCAGCAUUCCAAACGGAAACACACACAAGCUCCCUACGGGCUUGUUCAUCAACAACGAGUUUGUCGCCUCCAGCGACGGCAAGACACAGGAGGUGGAGAACCCGGGGACCGGCGAGACGGUGUGUUCGGUGUACUUGGCCAGCGCCGAGGACAUCGACCGGGCGGUGGAUGCGGCCGAGGACGCAUUCAUCAACAAGUGGUCGACCAUCUCGGGCAAGAGCAAGGCGGAGUACCUGUACAAGAUCGCAGACCUCAUUGUGAAGUACUCGGCGGAGCUUGCAGACUUGGAGGCAAUUGAGUCGGGCAAGCCGCGGGAAACAAACGCCAUCUUCGACGUGUUGCACUCGGCGGACGUGUUCAGAUACUACGCCGGCAAGGCGGUUGGGGCCCAGGACGGCAAGACGGUCGAGACGGAGCCGUCCAAGUUCACGUACACGGUGUACGAGCCGUUUGGCGUGUGCGCCGCCGUCAUUGCGUGGAACUUCCCAAUGAGCACCCUCGCAUGGAAGGUGGCGCCAUGCUUGGCCGCCGGUAACACCUUUGUGGUCAAGACGUCCGAGUUGACGCCUUUGAGCGCCCUGUUCAUGUGCAAGAUCUUCAAGGAGGCAGACCUCCCUGCCGGUGUGGUCAACAUCACCUGCGGUCUCGGCUCCGUCGCCGGCGUGAAGUUGAGCGAGCACCCUAAGGUGCAGAAGAUCUCCUUCACGGGCUCCACCAGUGUCGGCAAGCUGAUCCAGCAGAGCGCAGCAAAGUCCAACUUGAAGUACUGCACCUUGGAGUGCGGAGGCAAGUCUCCAUUGGUCAUCUACGAGGACGCCGACCUCGACCAGGUGGUCAAGUGGGCUGCCUUCGGCAUCUUCUUCAACAAGGGCGAGAUCUGUACCGCGUCGUCGAGAAUCUACGUGCAGGAGAGCAUCUACGACAAGUUCUUGACCAAGUUCAAGGACCACGUCGAGGAGGCGUUCGUGCAGGGCGGGCAGUUCACCCCUGGCGUCAACGUCGGGCCAACCGUGUGCAAGGCCCAGCAGGAGAAGAUCCUCGGCUUCAUCGACUCCGCCAAGAAGGAAGGAGGCAGAAUUGUCACCGGUGGUAAGAUCCCUCCAACCACCAACAAGAACGGCUACUUCAUCGAGCCGACCGUCAUUGCCGACUGCAACCAGGAGAUGACCGCCGUCAGAGAGGAGAUCUUCGGUCCCGUCGUGUGUGUCUCCAAGUUCACCAGCGACGACGAGGCCAUCGCCCUCAGCAACGACUCCGACUACGGUUUGGCUGCUUACCUUUUCACAAACGACAUCAACAGGUCCCAGAACUACAUCAGAAAGGUCCAGAGCGGCCAGGUGUUUGUCAACAUCACCUUUGCUGCCGACUUCAGAAUGCCCUUCGGCGGCUACAAGAUGAGUGGUAACGGCAGAGAAUUGGGCGAUGAGGGCCUCAAGGCCUUCCAGCAGGUCAAGGCCGUUCACAUCAACCUCUCCAACCGUCUCUGAACAUGUUUAUUGUGUCUAAUCUGUCUACUCUCUUUUCUUCCCCCUACCCGAAUAUAUUCCACCCCUAUGCCAACUAUAUAACAUGCAGUCCCGAUGGGAUGUCCGGGAUUUCCAAAAACGAGACGAUCG